UUAUUGCUUCUGAUUGUAGUUUCAGAAGCGCUUAGAUACAAAUUACACCAUGACAACUUGAUAGUCAAUAAGACCGGAGAUGACAAGAUGUCGGAUGUGGUAACACUAACAGGCUUAAGCAAAUGGAUUUGAUGUGGAAAGAAGAAUUUGAAUGUGGCGAUACCCAGAUGAAUGGGUUCCUACAUUCAAUAACUUCUGUAACAUCAAAAGUGAACAAGCCUCCAACAUAUAAUUUUAUUGAUGAUGUCCUCUCAUCAUAUUUACCAUGUGACGACGAUGGCUUCGAGCUGUUUGUGGGAUGUGAAGAUGGUCUCUUCAACGUGUGUCUGCCUGUAGAAAAUGAAAUUGAGUCUGACAUCGUCCAAUGGAAAUGCAUUGCUAAACCCGAAGAUGCGCUCAAUCAGGAAUUACUACAAAGAGUCCAGGAAGAAGACUGCCUCACAGCACUGGGAGUUGGGAAAGUUCCAGAGAAAAUGCCUGAAUUGAUACAGAAACAAAUUUAUAACAAGAUGAGACCGACAUUGUCCUCCAGUGGAACACAGGUAAAGACACAAGUGUCGGAAUCUCAUUCACAGACAGACUGGCGUGGUCUUAGAACCCAAACCGUGGCGUCGCUGGCAAAACCAGGAACCGCGGACUGCGGUGUUCAGGCCAAGCCAAUGACCUAUGAGUCCGGUACAUGUACAUCACCGAUGGACUCAGGGGUACAGGUGACCCCUACUGACCAUAGUGACUGCUGUACUUCACGUUCUAGCCAGAGGCAGCAACAUGUCACAGUUCAGGUAGUUUUAUCACCGUCUAGACUGAAUGGACAAGAGGACAAUCCCAUCUCCAUUAAAAUUAACGGCGUUACCAGGAAGCUCAACAAGAGGGAUUCUAACCUAUUCCUGGAUAUUGUGAGAUGUGUGCUGAAAAGCAAUACAAACCUUACAAGUGCCUCACUCAAUCAGGCCAUAAAGAUGGAGCUGAAAGAUAUUCCAUUCGAGAUGUUUGAUUUCCCUCCAAAUUGUGGAAGUGGAGAUCUUCAGCACGUGCAGCCAAAUGUUAUUGACACAGAAAGAAAACGACACGACUUUUUACAGCAGUCAGUUCAAAGUAACGCCCAGAAAAUGACGACCGGCGAAGGCGGUGUCAGAUACCAUGCAGAGUUGCCUUUCUAUAAGCACAACGAGAAAUAUUUGUCAGCUACCUCCCCUUUUAGUAAAUUUGGAUAUAACAUUAUCGGAGAUAUUCCCCAGACAUUGAGAGACAUCAGAAUUCCUGUGGUCUCCCCAAAAGACGUAGUAUUAAAAAAAGACAAGAAUGGGUCUGAGGUUCUUGGCAGUGGAAGUUUCGGAUGUGUUUACUUGGCGAAACACGAGCAGUACCCAUUUGAUGUCUGUGUGAAGGAAUUUGAAAUGGAUUCCUCGACAAUUUACGACAUUCACCAUGAGGCAAAACUCCUUAUUUAUCUGCAGACGACAAAGUUCGUCCCUCUCUGUCUCGGCUUAAUGGAAUCACCUUUCAUAUCCAGCGACCUUUCGCUCGUCCAAGAGUGUUUCGCUCAUGGAUGCACUCUACGAAUGUUGCUGAAGAAUAAACCCCUAGUAUCUUCCAAGAGGAAGUGGAUAGCGGUUUGCUACCAGCUGUUCUGGGGUCUAAACAUGAUUCACGAAAAACAAGUGUUGUUGAACGACAUCAAAAGUGACAACAUUCUGGUGGAUUACAACUCAAGUGACAUCAUGAGCAACAUCCGGUUUAUUGACCUUGGGCUAGCCUCGUACAGAAGGGGGUAUCGAUUCUGCAAUGGACCGGCCUAUCUGGAACAGUUUGAGAACUACGCCCCCGAGAUACGCCACGGGUAUCACUCAACACCAGCCUCGGACCUCUACGCCGUCGGAUACCUUGUGGACAAGAUUUCGGAGACUUUUCUUAUCCCCGAGGUUGAUCCUAUCGCCCGGGAAUGCACCGUAGAGGAUCCGAAAAAACGACCAUCAUGUUAUUCCGUGCUGGACAAACUCGAGGAUAUAAUAGAGAUUAUGUGAAAAUAAGGAUUUUUUAUCAUCAAUUUGAUAUUUGAUGUGACUUUCAGCGCUGUCGAACGAUUAUGAUACUGGCGAAAAUGGGUCACCCUGUUGACCUCCUUUCCGAAAGCCAUGCAAAUUUUACGGCGAAACAAGAUUUUUUUUUUAUACCAGUUGUGGGGGAAAAUCAGAAAUGUACAUGUGUGCAAGUUUUAAAUGAAUUAAUUUAAGUUAGGAUAUUAUAUCCUAUUUUUUAAACAAAUACUUCACCGAAACAUUUUCUCGUAAUUUUUUUUUUACACCUGUUAAAUUUUUUUUUUUUACAUAAUAAUGGAAGAUAUUUUACUAGUUCUACAACGUAUGUGAUAUUUUUUUAUUGAAAAUUAAUUUUAUUGCGUCUAGAAUUCAUUUUCAUCUCAAUUUAUAACAUUUAAUUUAUGCAUCCAUUUAAGAAUGUACGAAUUUCUAGUCUUUUUUUUGUUGUAAAUAAAGUUAAGAUUAAAAAAUCACUGUUGCUAUGAAAAUAUAAUCGAUUCUAUUGAUCAGAGACAUAUAUACAGUAUAUCUGUAUAUAUGUCUCUGUAUUGAUGUACGGGUAAAAAUAUGAUAAAUAAAAUAACAAUAGACAAAAUAUUGCAGUUUUACACGGGAAGAAAGCACAUGAUUAUUAGCCUAGAUGACCGUUUUAUAAUUACCUUUGAAUCCAUUCUUGAAAAUAACGAAAUUAUUUUGUUAAUGGACAAAUAUUAAUUCAAAUUCAUUUUAAAAAGGACACUUUAUACACUACUAUGGCAGCUCAUGCUUCAAAGGUUUUGCUUCGAAUAACGAAUUGCUAUUCAUGUUUAAUCAAACAUAUUGAUCGAUCGUUCAAAUACCACUUGCUGUAAACUUUUAAUCACGGCAUGCAUGAAUUAGUAGUAAUAGUGUUGAUCCUAGUGAAUAAGUAUGCUGUUGUCAUGUUGAAAU